AGGUCCCAUUUUCCUCUCAUUCCACGAUGAUCUCUUCAACCCGCAGGUGGUGGUCAAAGGAAACGGUGGCAAUCGUGACCGGAGCGAACAAGGGAAUUGGGUUUGCGUUUGCGAAGAGGUUGGCAAAAGAAGGACUGACUGUAAUCUUAACAGCCAGAGACUUUGAGAGGGGCCGCAGAGCAGCCCAGGAACUCAGCGCCCAAGGACUCCAUGUUCACUUCUUAAAGCUCGACGUGUCUGAUCCUUCUUCCAUUAACACCUUCGUAUCAUUAUUCCGGAUGAAAUUUGGAGCGCUAGAUAUCCUCGUGAACAAUGCUGCAGUGUCAUUCAAUGAGCUAAACGAGAAUUCAGUGAAGCAUGCAGAAACAGUGAUCAAAACCAAUUUUUAUGGAGCCAAGUUGCUUACUCAAGCUCUCUUGCCCAUGUUUCGUCCCUCUCCGUCGCCUAAUUCCAACUCAUCUCGGAUUCUUAAUAUUAGCUCCAGACUUGGCUCCCUAAACAAAUUGAAAAACCCUAAGAUAAAAAGUAUACUGCAAAGUGAAAACUUGUUGGAGCAGGACAUUGAGGGUGUGGUAAGUUCGUUUCUUGAGCAUGUGAAGAAGGGAACGUGGGAGAGUGAAGGAUGGCCAGAAUUGUGGACAGACUACGCAGUAUCAAAGCUUGCACUAAAUGCAUACACAAGGGUUUUGGCCAAGCGUUUGGAGGGAAGCAAUAUAAGUGUGAAUUGCUUUUGUCCUGGCUUCACUCAGACAUCUAUGACUCGCGGGAAGGGCACGCAUACCGCCGAAGAUGCUGCCAAUGUCGGAGCAAGGCUUCUCCUCCUUCCACCUGAGGAGCUACCAACUGGAAAAUUUUUUUUGGGAGGCAGCAGUAGUAGUACUAGUGUUGUUAAUUCUAAACUCUAAA